UAUAUUUAUAUGUACAUAUGUAUGUAUGUGUGUAUACACGUGUGUGUAUAUACAAUGGAAAUCACUAUUACCUACUCCCCACCCCAAUCAUUCCACCUGUUUAAUUAAUUUCAUUCCUUCUCUUCUCUUUUUCUGUGAGUUUUUCUUUUAAUUCUUCACCACCCGACUCCCCUUUCAGACACCAUUUUUAAUGUUUUUAUUCUUUUCUUUUUCAGGUUAAUCCUCGAAAUGAAGAUGGUCAAACACCGCUGCACUGGGCCUGUUCGUUAGGAUACUUGCGCACUGUCGACAUUUUGUUGGGUCACAAUGGCAUCGAUGCCAAUGUGGUUGCCAACAAUGGAGACACACCACUGCAUAUGGCAGUUCAGCGGCGAGAUUAUAAAUUGGUGUCUCUCUUGCUGAACCAGGAUUCAGUGAAUUUAGAAAUUGUGAACAAAGAAUACAGGACACCAUUGCUUGAAGCUGUUUCGGACGGUCACCUCGGAAUAAUGCAGCGGCUGAUAGCCAGGGGCACGAAUGUAAAUGUUGUCGAACAUGGAGGAAAUAAUUGCCUGCAUCUGGCGUUAAAAAGAAAAAACAACUUUCAUUCUGAGGUGGAGCACAUGACCAUGUUAGAUCAGUUCUGCAAGGAUCUGAAACUGGGAAGCGAAGAGGUACUCUGGCGUGGUGGUUGCCAGUUACCUAGCCCACCACGGGGCCAACUUUAA